GAAGGCCGGCUGAUGCGUUUCCAAACAUUCUCACUGCGCUGGACAUGCGCAUGCGGAUUCACCAGAACAGGGACUGCGAGCCGGUCCAGGACCUGGUGCUUGCCCUGGGCUGCGUCCAGCACCAGGGGGGCCGCCUCCGCGAAGCCCUCGAGGCCUAUAAGGAGGUUUAUUUCUUCCGCAGCAAAACCCUAGGCCCGCAGCACCCGGACACUUUGACAGUGCAGCAGCUCCUCUCCAUGCUGGAGGCGGACUUGUUUCGCGCGGUGGAGCGCAAGGAGCUGCAGCGCAGCAGCAGCAAAGAGCUGCUGCCGCUUUUCGACUUCGAAGAAAUUCAAGAAAAAAAAAUAAAAUCUUUUCAAGACCUUCCGAGCAGCUUUCGCCAGCCCCUCGCGCCUUCCCUCGAGGCCUUCAAGCGCCAGCAAACCGCCGAGGAAGUUCGGGCCCUUCCACUCGGUGGCGAGGACUAA